AUGGUAGCAGAGCAGGGAGGACGAGCAGUAGGACCCAGGAGGAUGGCCAGCCUGGAGGCAGCACACAUGAAGCUCGCCUUCCCUUAGUACAGGCUGGUUAUGGCUGCACUGUGUCUGCCCAAAUCAUUCCCAAUAACCAGCGCCAGGAUGGACGCCACAAGUGUGCGGAUAUAACCCCCCCCUACCCCAACCUGCCCCAGAGGCGGCCCAGGCGGACAGGACCCUCCAGACGUUGACGAUUGCAAGGGCUCUUCGCCUAAAUGGGUCCAGUAAUGCCCCCCAGCAAGAAGCCGGAAGGCACGGGCAUCAGCAUCUCCAGCUACCACAGCAGCGCGCUGUCGAACCCGCUGCACGACGACGAUGACCUCGACUUUCCGCCGCCCGCUGUUAAAAUAAACAAGGAGAAGGGCGCCGUGGAGGACGAGGAACUGACGAACCUGAACUGGCUGCACGAGAGCAAAAACCUGCUGAAAAGUUUCGGCGACACGGUCCUACGGAGCGUCAGCCCCGUGCAGGACAUCGACGACACCCCGCCGUCGCCCGCCCAGUCGGACAUGCCCUACGACGCCAAGCAAAACCCCAACUGCAAACCUCCCUAUUCCUUCAGCUGCCUCAUCUUCAUGGCCAUCGAGGACUCGCCCACCAAGAGGCUGCCCGUAAAGGAUAUUUACAAUUGGAUUCUGGAGCACUUUCCGUACUUUGCCAAUGCGCCCACCGGCUGGAAAAAUUCGGUGCGGCACAAUCUCUCUUUGAAUAAGUGUUUCAAGAAGGUGGACAAGGACCGGAGCCAGAGUAUCGGCAAAGGGUCCUUGUGGUGUAUAGACCCAGAAUACAGGCAGAACCUGAUCCAAGCCUUGAAAAAGACCCCCUACCAUCCCUACUCCCACGUCUUCAACACCCCUCCCACCUCUCCUCAGGCAUAUCAAAGCCCCUCGGUCCCUCCCCUCUGGCCAGGAAGCGGCUUCUUCAAGAAAAAUGGUGCGCUCCUCCAGGAUCCGGACAUUGCCGCCGCCAGCGCCAUGAUGCUCUUGAAUUCUCCCCAUGAUUUACACGCAGGUUUUUCUCCUGGUGUGAUUCAGAAUGGAUCCCGCGUGCUGAACAGAGGGAUCUUCCAAGGAGUCAGACCUCUACCCAUCAAUCCCAUCGGCGCCAUGGCCAUGAGGAACGGGAUUGCCAACUGCCGAAUGCGGACGGAGAGCGAACCGUCUUGCGACUCCCCGGUAGUCAGCAGCGACCCCAAGGAGGACCACAACUACAGCAGUGCCAAGUCCGCCAACAAGCGGAGCUCGUCGUCCGCCAGCGACUCCGUGUCCUCUUCCUCCGCCGACGACCACUACGAGUUCACGGCCAAGGUCUGCCACGACGGGAGCGACGUCAGCUUCCAGAGCCACGAGAGCCACAGCGAGACGGAGGAGGAGGACAAAAAACAGAAGAAAGAAGCCAAGGAUACGUUCGCCGACAGCGGCUACUCCUUGCAACACAAGAAAAAGCAGCACUUGCUGAAAGUGCGGCGGAUCCCCGGCGACACCCUGCCGCUGAAAAAGAGACGCACAGAAAAGCCACCGGAAAGCGACGACGAGGAAAUGAAAGAGGCGGCGGGUUCCCUUCUGCACUUAGCGGGGAUCCGAUCGUGUUUGAAUAACAUCACCAAUCGGACGGCAAAGGGGCAGAAAGAGCAAAAGGACAAAGAAACCACAAAAAAUUAGGGCAAAUCCUUUUUUUUUUCUUUUUUUUUUGGAUUUGUUUGAACUCGGAACAGUGUCUUUGCGCACGUCAGGUGAACUAAAAAAAAGAAAAAAUACGAGAAAAAAAAAAAAGAUUUUGUGGCAAUAUCAACCAUUUUCUUCUUUCCCCUUUUUUUCUUAUUUUAUUUUUUUAUUUCUAUUUUCUUUGGGGGUGGGGGGACCCUUAAAGUGUUUAUUUUAUAAAGGAUAUUGAAGCCAUAGAACUUAGCCAACUCGCAAAUGCGCUUUUUUUUUUUUUU